AUGAGCAUUCCCGAUGUCAUUCGAUUGAAGCAACAACAACACGUCCAGAACGAGAAGGAAGUGCUACAGGAAGUCAGACACCCCUUUUUGGUUCAGCUGCUAUGGACGUCGCACGAUGCCAGGUUCCUCUACAUGUUGAUGGAGUUCGUGCCUGGGGGGGAGCUCUUCACCUACCUGAGAAAUCGGGGGCGCUUUUCGGGGUCCGCGGGGGUCUUCUACUCGGCGGAGAUCGUCUGCGCCAUCGAAUACCUGCACUCGAAGUCCAUCGUCUACCGCGACCUCAAGCCCGAGAACAUUCUGCUGGACAGGGAGGGACACAUCAAACUCACGGAUUUCGGCUUUGCCAAGAAACUGGUGGACAGGACAUGGACCCUGUGUGGAACCCCCGAGUACCUCGCCCCGGAAGUGAUCCAAAGCAAAGGUCACGGGAGAGCCGUCGACUGGUGGGCCCUGGGCAUCCUGAUCUUUGAGAUGCUUUCGGGGUUCCCCCCUUUCUUCGAUGACAACCCGUUCGGGAUCUACCAGAAAAUCCUCGCGGGCAAGAUCGAUUUCCCCCGACAUCUGGACUUCACGGUCAAAGAUCUCGUCCGAAAGUUGCUGGUCGUGGACCGGACCAGGCGGCUCGGAAACAUGAAGAACGGAGCCGACGACAUCAAGCGACACCGGUGGUUCCGCACGGUGGACUGGGAGUCCGUCCCGCUGCGGAAGAUGAAGCCCCCCAUCGUCCCCAAAAUCUGCGGGGAGGGAGACAGCUCCAACUUCGAGGCGUACCCCGAAACCGAGUGGACGGACGCGCCCCCCGUGUCUCCCUCGGACCUGGAGGUCUUUGAGAAUUUCUGA